AUGGCGAAUCCAGCCCUGACACUGGUCUGCCGUGAUGUCAUUGCAUGCGUCAUCCAUGGCCUGGAGAAGGGCCGCUUGUUCGUGAGGGCGCCUAUCGUAGAAUUUGUGCCGGUUCUACGCACCAGGUCUCCAGUGCGCCUUCACAGCCCAGUAUGUCCUGUGCUAGCUCCCCGCACUCACCGUGCGGAGUGUAUCAUCGUUCCGGCUCCAUCUGUGCCAGCUCUACGCACCAGGUCUCCAGUGCACCUCCACAGCCGAUGCGCCUUCCCAGUCAGGUACGUCUUGUGCCUGCUCCCCACACUCGCCCUGAAGGGCGUCACCAGUCCGGUGCCACCUAUGCCGGCCCCACGCAUCAGGCCUCCAGUGCGCCUCCCAAGUCCAAAGCUUCCGGCGAUGGUCCCCAGUCCAGAGCCUCCUGCUAGGGUUCCUAGUCCAGAGCAUCCUGCGAGGGUUCCCAGUCCAGAGCCUCCUGCGAGGGUUCCCAGUCCAAGCCUCCAGCGAGGGUUCCUAGUCCAGAGCCCUGCGAAUGUUCCCAGUCCAGAGCCUCCAAUGAUGAUCCACGGUCCAGAGUCCCCGGUGAUGGGCCACAGUCUGGUUCCUCCGGCGACGAUCCACGGUACGGUUCCUCCGGCGACAAUCCACGUUCCGGAGUCCCCAGCGACGAUCCACGGUCCUGAGCUUCCGGCGACGAUCUACGGUCCGGUUUCUCCGGCGACAAUCCACGGUCCGGUCCCUCCGGCAAUGAUCCACGGUCUGGAGCUUCCGGCAAUGAACCACGGUCCAGUUCCUCCUGCAACGAUCCACGUUCCGGUUCCUCCGGCAACGAUCCACGGUACAGAGCUUCUGGCGACGAUCCCCGCACCAGAGCCGCCACCAAAGCUUACAGAUCCGUGA